GUGCAUGACCUUGGAGUCGAAAUAUCCACAGCCAAGAAAUAUGGAUGGGUCCGCCGGGGAGGCUAACCUCAACUCCAGGAUCAAUACGAGGUUGAAGACUUCGACCUUGGAUUUGUGUAUAGUAUCAUUGUGUUCUUUACCUGAGUCAAUAUCCACAGCCAAGCCGCUAUGUAGUACCCUAUUAUUCCUAUACCAUGACUCGUAUCCUAUACCGUGACUCACAUCAGAACAUAUAUAGCCACAUCUACUCCGUAUACCCAACUCAAGGUACACUUACAUCAAUUACAUUUACAGGCUUAAUUUCCAGUCAUCAUGCCCAUCCUAAUCAACCCCAUAACAAACGAACCCUACAUCCCCUCCCCGCCCCCAUUCCUCCAUCAUCAUCACCCCGGCGCGCCCCCAAACGCCGACGACUCCUCCGCCCUCCUCUCCCUCCUCAACAACCCCCAGAUCUACCCCUACCUCGAAUCCACCCCGGUACCAUACCUCCCCGAACACGCCACCGCAUGGCUGCAGACCUCGCACGAACAAUCCACCGCCCUCCUGCACGCAGCGCAAACCAACCGCUUCGUCGACGGGCUGCCAUUCACCUGCAUCCGGGAGGUCACCGGCGACAGUAACAGUGACGUCUACAUCGGCAACGUAGGACUAGUCCGGUACGCCUUCUACGAAUUCAAAAAGGGCAGCCCGAAGCGCGAGGAGGCAGUCCGCAGGAAUGAAGCUUUGGGGGUUGGUAGCCCGGAGAUUGUUUGGGGAUUUGGUGAUUAUCUCUCGCCGACACACCACGGCAAAGGUAUCAUGACGGCUGUGAUCAAAGCUGUGAUUGAGGAGUGGGCGGUUCCGCGGAUGAAUGCGCGGGUGAUCAAGGCGUCGGCGUAUGCGGAUAAUAGGGCUAGUAUGCGGGUGUUUGAGAAGAACGGGUUCCGGUUGGAGUAUGAGUUGGAGGAUUGGGCGGUUGUGCCGCUGGAUCGGGGCGGAGGGGUGAAGUCGAUUGUGGUGUUGUCGGAGGGUGAUUUGCAUGAUACUCGGGCUACUGAUUCAUGA